GUUUGACGUUUGUCGUUGAUUAGAGUUGAACUAACGUGAAAUUAAGGAAAAAUAAAAGAGCAGCAACAACAACAAAUAUACACUCGCACAAAAAGAAAACGAAAAGAAAGAAAAUAAAAUUUUAUUAGUAGAGAGAUUGCUGGUGGUUUUUAUUAUAAAGGAAUUUUACUUGUUAUUAACAAAAUAAUAAUACAAAACAAAAGAAGAGAUUCAUUUUAAAAAGUGAUAAAAGAAGUUCCCUAUAAAUAACAGAAAGAAGUAAAAUAAAAGUGAAAAGCUGUAUAAAUAAAAGCAGAAAGAAUUAUUUUUGUUACACACUCUGGCAUUUAGUGAUUUUCUUGAUGGUCUCUUAAUUAUGCUGGUAUUAUGAAAAAGAAACAAGUGUUACUCUUUUAAAAAAUAAGAAAAACAAAUAAUUUUUAAAUUUAUUUCGGUUUAAACAAAGGCAUUAAAUAUUUUGAUUGUUAAAGAACAAAAAAAAAGUACGCAUUUUUGCAAAAUACAUAAAGAACUGCCAACGUCUUCAAUUCAAUAAAAUAAUAAUCAACGUUAAAUACAACAACAAAACAACAUCAACUACAACAAGAAGAAAAUUGCAACAAGAAACAACAAACAACAAAGUGUUCUUAAUUAACAACUUCAAAAAAAGAAAAUAAAUUAUUAAAAAACCCUUAAAAAUUUUCACUUCAAAAGUACGAGUAUGUCAUCAAAUGAUGCCUAUAAUCGUAGUGAAGAAAAUGGAGGCAAUGGAUCGGUUGCAUCUUUUAGCGGCAGUGCGGGGCCGAGCACCAGUAAGCCAAACAUAUCACAAAUACAGCAACAGAUAGUACCGAAUGAAGAGACACACUUAAGAGGUGAUUCAAAACAGGCCUAUUUUAGUGAUGAAAAAGUUUUGAUACCCGAAACCGAUAAGGUGGGUUUCAGUUGGCGUAAAUUAUGGGCCUUCACAGGGCCCGGUUUUCUAAUGUCAAUUGCGUAUCUUGAUCCGGGUAACAUUGAAUCUGAUUUACAAAGUGGUGCAGCAGCAAAAUAUAAAAUUCUCUUUCUCUUGUGGGCGACCGUGUUGGGUUUACUAAUGCAACGCUUGGCUGCAAGGACUGGGUGUUGUACUGGUCUACAUUUAGCUGAGAUGUGCUAUCGUCAAUAUAAAAAAAUUCGUUUUAUAUUAUGGAUUAUGAUUGAAAUCGCCAUUAUAGGUUCCGAUAUGCAAGAGGUCAUUGGUACGGCUGUAGCCAUAUAUUUACUAUCGAAUAAAGUAGUUCCUUUGUGGGGCGGUGUUUUGAUAACAAUUAUCGAUACAUUUACGUUUUUGUUCUUAGAUAAAUAUGGUCUGCGUAAACUAGAAUUUCUAUUCGGUUUUCUUAUCACUGUUAUGGCUGUGACAUUUGGCUAUGAGUACGUUGUUUCAGCACCCAAUCAAGGUGAAGUUUUAGAAGGUAUGUUUGUGCCCUGGUGUAAGGAUUGCAACUCAGAAGUUUUACUGCAGGCAGUAGGCGUAGUGGGUGCAGUUAUUAUGCCACACAAUUUGUAUUUACAUUCGGCAUUAGUCAAGUCUCGUGAUGUUGAUCGUCGUCAGCCCACAAAAGUACGCGAAGCUAAUUAUUAUUUUUUCAUUGAAGCCGCAGUCGCCUUGUUUGUUUCAUUCAUUAUCAAUUUAUUUGUGGUGGCGGUCUUUGCCCAUGGCAUGUAUGGUAAAACCAAUAAUGAUGUGCUACAAGUUUGUCAAAAUCAAAGUAUGUAUGAAGAUGCCAAACAUUCGUUUGUGGACAAUCAAAAUGGUACCGCCAUCAUUGAUGCUGAUUUAUAUAAAAGUGGUCUCUUUUUGGGUUGUACCUUUGGUGUGGCUGCCAUGUAUAUUUGGGGUGUAGGUAUUUUAGGUGGUCAAUCUUCCACCAUGACCGGUACCUAUGCUGGUCAAUUCUCAAUGGAGGGUUUCUUGAACUUACAAUGGCCCCGCUGGCGUCGUGUUUUGUUCACCCGUUUGAUUGCCAUUGUACCCACUUUCUGUUUGGCUCUUUUCAGUAAAAUGGAAGAUUUAACAAAUAUGAAUGAUAUUUUAAAUGCUGUAAUGUCAUUGCAAUUGCCUUUCGCUGCCAUACCAACGAUAGCAUUUACUUCGUGUUCCGCUAUAAUGGGUGAAUUUGUUAAUGGAAUGUAA